AUGCCCUGGGGCCGUCUGGCGGGUCACCUGGAGUCGGGUCCGGGGCCGGUCCCGGUGCCUAUGCUCAGCCCUUCGGUGGCCACCGUGGUCAGGAAAUGGCGCACCCGGGUCCGCCUGAGCGCCCCCAAGAGCGCCGCCGUCCAGCCGGUCGCGCCGCCGCCGCCCGACGGCACCGAACAGCUCUGCCUGGUGGCCAAGAGUCCGUACCGAAUCCUUAGGUGCGCCGCGGCGGGCAAUCUGAAGCGGUUCCAGGAGCUCCAUUCGGAGGACCCCAGCUGCCUGGUGUUCAGGGACGCGCAGCGGGGUCGCACCUGCGCCCACUACGCCGCAGCCGCCGACAAAGUCGAGAUCAUCAAAUACAUUGUGCUGGCUGGAGGAGACAUCAACAUCACUGACAACGAUGGCCAGACCCCUCUGCACGCUGCCGUUGAGAGCUCCAGUCUGGAAGCAAUCAAAUGUCUACUGGAAUGGGGCGCCGCCACAGACUGCCUGGACGCCUCGCUGCGCUCCCCAUUCCACCUGGCGGUGUGGCUGGACCGACCUCAGUCACUGCGUCUGCUGGCGCAACACCGGCGGCUGGUGCGAGCCGAGCAGCUCACCGAGCACGGCAGAGACGCCCUACACGUGGCGGCCGUGCGCAAUCACGCCCAGUGCGCCGAAAUACUGCUGGAGGAGUUCCAGAUGCUGCCGGACCGGUUCUGUAAGAACGGCUUCAGCCCGGUUCACGAGGCGGCUCGGCGGGCCAGCUUUGACACCAUGUUGGUGCUGACUCGGUGGGCGGCGCGGACAGGACGCUCGCUGAUGCAGAAUCCCGACUCCGAGGGAAACCUGCCGCUGCAUCUGGCCGUCCACUCCGGAGAUGUGAAGAUGGUGGAGCUGUGCCUUCAGCGGGGCGCAGACAUCACCAAUACCCAGAGCGACCUCUCGACGCCCGUCCACCUGGCCUGCGUCCAGGGAUCCAUGGAGAUCACCCAGCUCAUGCUCCGAACACAGUCGAAGGACGCGAUGGCCGUUCUGGAUAUGCGGGACUCCGCCGACAUGACUCCGCUACAUUGCGCCGCCAAGUUUGACCACAGCGCGCUGGUCGAAUUCCUUCACUCAAAGGGUGCGGACCUGUCAGCUGUGGACAGCGAGGAACGAACCCCGCUCCUGCUGGCCGCGUCUCGCUCCUCGUGGAGCGCCGUUACCACCCUGGUGAGCCUCGGGUCCGCCCUGGAUCCCAUCGACAAACGGGGCAGGAACAUGGUACACUACAUCGUCCUGAACGGCGGCAGACUGGGACAACUGAUGGACUGCAAACUGGAGAGCAUGGCGUCCGUGGCGGCCAUGCUGAACCGUCAGGACGGCCGCGGCUACACGCCGCUCCAUUUCGCCGCUCGGGACGGCCACCUGGCCAGUCUGAGAGAGCUGAUCGAACAGGGCGCCUGCACCGAUAUCAAGAACGCCAGUAACGAGAGUCCGCUCCACUGCGCGGCCCGAUUCGGGCGCUACUAUACGGUCGAGUGUUUGCUUAGCUCUACCAAGGGCCAGCAGAUCAUGAACGGCAUCGACAGCUCUGGUCGCACACCCCUGCACAUCGCCAGCCAGAACGGUCACCUGCGCGUAGUGCAGCUGCUGAUCGGCAAGGGCGCCCUGCUGAACCGCGACUUCGAGGGUCUGACACCCCUGCACCUGGCCACGAGGCGCGGCUUUACGCAGACGAUGAACCUGUUGCUGGGCACGCACAGUCAGCUGCUCGACCAGCGCGACAAGGCAGGGAACACCGCGCUGCACCUGGCCUGCCUGGCCAACCGUCCCUCAGCGGCCGGCCUUCUGCUCUCCAUGGGGUGUGAGAUAGCGGCCAACGGGUCCGGAUACACGGCACUGGACAUCUGCAUCAAACACAAGCUGACCGAGACGGCGAGGGUGCUGCUCACCACCCCCACUGCGAGCACCGCGCUACUGGCCGACACACAGGGUAAGAACAAAUACAUCGUGGCCGCCCUGAUCGACGUCAUGCCCAACAUCAUGAAGACCAUCAUGGACAAGCACAUCGUCUUCUCCAACUGCAAACGAAAUGACGAAAAAUUCACGAUAACAUACGACCUGAGCUUGUUUGAGCCGAACGACAGGCAGGUGACGGCCAUCCGAAAAUCCCGCGGGGAUAACAGGUGGAAGCCUCGGCCACUCACUGCAGUCAACCACAUGGUGCGUCACGGCCGCAUAGAGCUGCUGAUGCACCCGCUGACGCAAAAGUACCUGGCCAUGAAGUGGCAGGCGUACGGCCGGAUCUGCCACAUGUUGUCGAUGCUGCUGUACGCAGUGUUUGUGGCCCUGGUGACGGCGCACGGGGUGCACCUGCUGCGUCUGGUGCAGCACUGUCCAGCGCUGCUGCAGACGGACGGAUAUGUCAGCUGGGAGGAGUCGGACGGCCUACAGCAGGGCUGCGAAAACUCCUCAGAGGAUUGGGUGACAAACGGGUCAUCGAUUACGGAGCAAAUAACAAUGAUCGCUGUUAUAAUUUUUGGAGUCCUGAACGUGCUAAAGAAAAUGAUGCAAAUGUGGAACCAAGGCUGGGCCUUUCUCAUCGACUUUGAGAACUACCUGGAGCUGUCGCUGUACAUGUCGGCCCUGUUCAGCGUCACUCCCGUCUUCCACCCCGUCGUACACCACGUGUACGUCAUCGCCGCCGCCAUCGCCGUGUUCCUCGCCUGGUUCAACAUGCUCCUCUACCUGAGAAGUUUCGAGUCGGUGGGCAUAUACGUCGUGAUGUUUGUGGAGAUUCAGAAGACGCUGCUGCGGGUUCUCGUCAUCUUUUCCGUCCUCAUCAUCGCAUUUGGACUCGCCUUCUACAUACUCAUGUCUCAGGGCAACCACCCGGAGUUCAGCAGCGUGCCCGUGGCGCUGUCUCGCACCUUCAACAUGAUGCUGGGCGAGAUCGACUUUCUCUCCGUCUACGUAUACCCAUACCACAUCACCAAGGUUCUGGGCCGUCGGUUCCUGCCGUUCGCCAACACGGCCUUCCUGCUAGUCAUCGUGUUUAUGGUGAUGAUGCCCAUCCUGCUGAUGAACCUGUUGGUCGGUCUGGCCGUCGGGGACAUCGAGACGGUCCGCAAAAACGCCGCACUCAAACGGCUCGCAAUGCAGGUGGACCUUCACACGGCGCUGGAGAGGAAGCUACCGGACGCGUUCCUGGCGCGCGUGCGGCGCACACAGAUGGUGGAGUACCCGAACGUCACAUUGGCGGUGGCUAGCCGCGGCGGGCCGCUCUCUGCGUGCCACAAGGUGUUCCACUUUGUGAUGGAGCUGCUGACGCCUAGCCACGACACCGUCAACACCGGCACCUUCGACCACCUGGAGGCGGCCGUGGAGGACGACGAGUACCGCCAGCAGGAGGAUCUCGCCAAGCUGAAGCAGCGGCUCAAGGAGGCGACCACCGUGCUCGACUCGGUGCACCACCUGAUGCGCCAGGUGGCCGCCCAGCUGGACCUGGCCGGUACAGAGGCACGGGACGAGGACGAGGGAGACGCCCUGGAGCCGGGCGGCAGGAACAGCCCGGCAGCCACCAUCAGCGCACGCAGCACCCCGGCGCCGCCGGCUGAUUAG